AUGGAUGUCUUUGAGCCGAACGUGCAACUUCUUGCAACUACGGGCGGGCAGUCCACCUCUCCGUUGGGGUCAGAAGGAGAAGUGGGGUUGCAGUCAGGUACAGGCGAGGGGCCCGAAGCCUCCUUGGGUGGUGAAUCGCAGACAUCGCACGGCGGCGCGCCAUCCGUGCCCGCCGCAUGUCUAGCGUGUCGCGGCAAACAUCUGAAAUGUGACGGCGCAACGCCUUGCUCCCGCUGCGUGACCUCUGCCUCGGAGUGCGUCUAUAUCGCAUCGCGGCGUGGGUACAAGGGCCCUCGGAAGAGCAAUGUGGCGCACAAUCCAAACAAGCGCUUGGCCUCGUCGCCCACUCCAGGCUCGGCACCAGACGACGACUCAUGCCCAAUGCUCCUCGGCGCGAGCCCAACCGCCAGCGCCGUCACGGCUGGUUCCUUUACCCAGGCCCCGACUCUGUCGCAGUUCGUCGCGCCGCCGGUGGGAGCCAACGUGCAGCUGUACAGGAACCCGUUCCUGGGCGGCGGCAGCGCCAACAACGCCGGCCCGCAGAUGCGGAGCCAGCUGAGCAUGCCCGAGCGCUGCCUCAGCUCGUUCUACCAAAACUUCCACGCCUCGCACCCUUGCGUGCUGCCAAGAGAUGCCCUCGAGAGGGUCGCCAGGGAAGGGCCGGCCAAGCUCGAACACCUCCUGGCCGCCAUGCGGUACAUUGGUUCCCUGUACCUGGACGCCGGACCAGCCCGGGCCCAGUUCUUUGACGAGGCCGUCAGCCUUGCCUACCACCCCGGCUGCCCAAGGGAUGGGUUCCUUGUCCAGACCCUGCUGCUGUUGGCCAUCGGACAGGACGGCAGCUGCAACCAGGCGCGGGCGAACCAGUUCAUGGGCGACGCGGAGCGGCUCGCCGUCGAGAUCGGGCUCAACACGCGCCAGUUCGCCACGGCCAACGGCCGCGGCAGCUCCGUCGUCGAGGAGAGCUGGCGCCGCACCUGGUGGGAGCUGUACGUGGUCGACGGCAUGAUCGCCGGCGUCCACCGCAUCACCAACUUUGCGCUUUACGACGUCUCCGCCGACGUGGGUCUCCCGUGUGAAGAGCACCAGUACUUGUCAGGGAAUAUUCCCAUGCCAAUGUACAUGGAAGACUUUGACGAUCAGCUCUUCUCGGGCGAGGAUCGUGAGUUCUCGUCCUUUGCGUAUAGGAUCGCGUCGGCUCGAAACCUCGGCAGAAUGAUGAGGACCCCGCCGAUGCUCUCGCCUGACGAUGAGAACCUGGCAAAGUUGGAGGCCCUGCUCACCAACUGGAAAAUGCAUCUUCCGCGCAGCAGACGAGAUGCGCUAAACAAAAAUUGCCAGCUAGACGAGAUGAUGUUCCAGGCUUUGUUCAUCAACCAUGCCUGCACCAUAAUGCUCCACCAGCCUCACUCCCAGCUGGACUCGUCCCCAUCCCGCAGCGUUACAUCGUGCGCGCCGCACAUGCCCGUCUCGAGCGGCGACGCCUUCAACACCCACACCCGGCACACGGUCACGGCGGCGUGCGAGGUGUCGAGGAUGGUGACGCAUGCGGUGCCGCUCCUUUCGCACACGCACUUCUUCACGUGCGUGCUGACGCUCUCGUCGAUUGUGCACCUCAACAAGUGGGCGCUCUACUUCCUGCAGGACGAGGACGACCUCCGCCAGCAGAUCCGCCUCAACAUCGGCGCCCUGCAGCGCAUCAGCGCCGUCUGGCAAAACGCCGCCAAGGCCGGCGGUCAGGUCAGGGGCGUCGCGCAGGAGAUCUACCGCGCCAAGAAGGCCCAGCAGAUCAGCCCGGCCUUCUGGGUCGCCUUUACGCAGGAGCAGAUGCUCAGUAGCUUGAAUGCAGACGAGGGCAUCAUGAACGACUUUGAAUCCAUCCUGCCUGCGGGACAGGUCACUCGGCCUUGA